CCCCCUCUCUCCGGUCCCCCGCCGCCGGCACCAUGGCGACCCGCUCAGAGCGCGAGCGCUCCCAGAAACAGAACGAGCAGCACCAGGCGAUCCUGUCCAAACUGCUGCGGGAGGAGGACAACAAGUACUGCGCCGACUGCGAGGCCAAAGGGCCAAGAUGGGCUUCCUGGAAUCUUGGGGUGUUUAUUUGUAUCCGGUGUGCAGGGAUCCACCGUAAUCUUGGGGUUCACAUAUCACGGGUGAAGUCAGUCAACUUGGACCAAUGGACACCAGAACAGAUACAGUGCAUGCAAGAUAUGGGGAAUACCAGAGCUCGGCACCAGUAUGAGAAAAACCUGCCUGAGAACUUCCGGAGACCUCAGACGGACCAAGCGGUGGAGUUUUUCAUCCGAGACAAGUAUGAAAAGAAGAAAUACACGGACAAAAAUGUGAACAAUGGAGUCACAAGAGAAAAGGACAAAAGGAAAGAUGAAAAGAAGAGGGGAAAAGAUCAAGAAAAAUCAAGUAAACCUCUUGGUUUUGACAAAGUAAAAAUGUCUCCUCCACAUACCAUGGGUUUACCCACCAGUAUCCUUGGCCUAACUGGAGGAGACCAGCAUACAGAGAGUAUAUCUGUGACAAGGAAGAAGGAACACGCCGAGAUCAAGGCCAGCCCUCAGAAAGUGGCACAAUCCAUCGAUCUAUUAGGAUUGGAUACUCCCGUUGAAGGGCCGGUUGCUAACGGCAAUACCAGUGGAAGUACAUCACUGAAAGACGACCUUGAUAUAUUUGGCCCCAUGGUUUCCAACCCUCUUCCAGCCUCCAAUGCACCAUUACCCCAGCCGGUGUCCACUAAACCCCCUGCAGCCUUAUCUGCCGCGGGAGGAGAUCUUGACCUCUUCACCGAAGCAGCCACGAAGUCUGAAGACUCUGCAAAGAAACCACUCUCCAAGGAUUCCAUCUUAUCGCUAUAUGGCACAGGAACGAUGCAGCAACAACAAGCCCAGCCAGCUGCUGUCUUCAUGGCUCCUUCUCAAAUGCCGUUCAUCACACACACUGCUGCCAGCUACCCCAACUUCCCUAAUAUCGGAGCAGCCAUGCCCGCGACGGCUGGCAUGAUGGGCAGUAUGAUGGGACAGCCCGUGGGCAUGAUGGGGCAGCCUCCGGGAAUGAUGGUUGGCAUUGGAAUGCCAAAUGGAUUUAUGGGCAGUGCACAAACUGGCGUGAUGGGAGUGCCAGAGAACAUGAUGGCUGCCCCAGGAGGAAUGGUGGGGAGCGCAGUGAACCCACAGACUAUGUACAGUGUGCAACAGAGCCAGCAACCACAGUGGAACGUAAGUCAGCAGGUGAACCAGCAAAUGGCAGGGAUGAAUCUGAACUGCCCUACUGGCGUGAUGGGCUUUGGGCAGCCCGCGGGCACGAUGGGAGCAUGGGCCAGCAACCCUACAGGCCAGACUCUCAGCACUCAGCUGUGGAAAUAAGAUAGAGAUACAAGCGGAAGCCCUCCCAGCCCGAGAGGGAGCGUUCGCCAUCCCUCGUGUUACAAAUAGACUCUUUAAUUUUAUCCUUGUACAAAAAUGCUACGGUCUUCUGACUGCUAAUAUUACCUAGUUGAUCUAGACAUUCCCAGCAGUCUUUAUUGAUUCAUCCUCUAAUGAAGUGAUUCCCUGGUUAAACUAUGGAAUAGCAGUUUCAUCAUCUCGUCGCUCUUUUGCUCUGUCUCCUCUCUCUUUCUUUCACGU